AUGGCGCUGGUGUCGGUGGAGUACGAGUUUGAGUACAAAACCAGCAGCGGCCGGCUGGUGUCCAUCAAGCCCAAUGAGAAGUACGUCCUCAUCUCCAAAUCCAACGAGCACUGGUGGCACGUCCGCAGAGACCAGCACACCCGGCCCUUCUAUGUGCCGGCUCAGUACGUCAAGGAGCUCUCGGCCCAAAGCUCCUCUGGUUCCGAUGAGUCAGAGUCAGCUGAGUGUGCGGCUAAGAAAACCCCACGAGCGAUCCGUGCAUUGGCUCGGGAUGACUCGAGGGAGACGUACCGCUUUUCCACGUUUGGCCUGUGCGUCAACGUGCCGGACUCCAAACAGGCUUUCACAAACUCUGAAAUCUCCUCCGGGAGGUUUUCGGUCUCUGCAGGAGGUGUAAAAACUGAAAACAAGCGUCGCUCGGACCCUCGGCCUGUAGAUCAGCCCGUACAGAAACAGCAGCAUCCCCAAGGUCCAGAGCAGGACGAACCCACAGAGCAGACUUUUCUGGAUGAUGAGGAUGUGGAUUUCCCUUUACCUCCACCACAGAUGUGCUGCACGGUACCAGAGAUAAAUGUAACGGAGUUCGAGUCUUUUCCUGACCUGCCGGAGUUUGUUGCUCCUCCAAACAAACCUGCGGCAAAACAGCAGCAGGAGGAGACUUGGGAUCAAACUGCAGGAACAACUUUAAGGACACCUCAGCUGCAGGAUGAGAGUCUUCAUACAGCCGUGUACGUCAACGUAGCGGAGCUUCGUCAAAGUCUCUCCGAGUCCCCCCCGUCGGACGUCUCGCCUUGCUCUCCUUCCUACCUCAACCAGGAGGGAUGGGAGGUGCACGUUGACCAAGAGAGCGGACAGGAAUAUUAUUAUCACCCCACCACGGGGCGCACCACCUGGGACAACCCCUUUUCAGACACCCCCACGGACCCUGAGCAGCUCCUCGCCGAGGAACCCUGCCCCCCGUCGCCCCUUCAGUCUCCUGACCUGUCCACCACCCCCACUUCCAGGUGGUCAUCAGACUGGGAGCAGCUGGUGGAUGAAACCAGUGGUCGGCCCUACUUCUACAACCCGACGUCAGGGGAGACGUCCUGGGAGCGCCCCGAGCAGCAGAGUCUGUACCCCCUACUGAUGGAGCCUAUGAGCGUGCACAGGUUUCACAACGAUGGACCGCCUCCACUACCUGAAGAGGACUACCCCCCAGAGGAUUACCCAGGUGCGAAACAAUCGGACCCCUACGAGGAUUUCAAUGCCACAGGACCUUCCUCUCUCUCAAAAGAGUACGCCUUGACCCACGUGAGCCGGACCCUGAUCCCUCGGGCCAACUUGGACCGCACCACCCCACCUGGCUGGAAUCUGACUGUGGAACCCAACGGGACAUGGGUCUUCACCCACGAAAACUCUCCUGAUCAGUGGAUCAAGUCUAUGGAUGAGAAGGGUCAGUCCUAUUACUACCUGAGAGAUGGCACCAGUUCCCAGUGGAGCCUGCCUGAGGCUCCUGUAGGGCCGAGUCAUUCUGGGUUGGAGAAUGAUGAUGAAGCGGAAAAUGUGCCCGUCAUCAAAAGCUGGAGAGACUCGAAGGGAUCUGCCCAGUUCUUUGCCCAGGAUGAUGGGAGGUUCGGCCCGACUUACACGAGCAACACAUCGGACAACGGCAGCAACAACUCCAGUACAGGAAACUCUCCAGAGACGCAGCAUUUUGUGCCGAGCUUGGAGAAAGCUGGGAUUCUCAACAAAACGAAAGUGUGUGAGAAAGGAAAGAAAGUGAAGAAAAACUGGAGUUCAACGUGGACGGUUCUUCGCGGAGGAGUGCUGACAUUUCACAAAGACCCUAAGUCUUCAGGAGGCACCGUGAACAAGACCAAUCAGAUCGUUCCAGAGAUCUCGGUGGAGCUGAAAGGAGCGACGAUUAACAAGGCCGCAAAGGACAAAUCCAGUAAAAAGAACGUCUUAGAGCUCAAAGGGAAGAAUGGCCUGGAGUUCCUCUUACAGAACGACACAGAGAGCAUCAUCGUUGACUGGCACAAAGUCUUAAUGGACACUAUUCAGCAGCUCGAGUACCAGGACCAUCAUUCUGAAGACGAGGACGGAAACGUGUACGAAAAGAUCAACAACGCCGAACGAGACGACAAGGCAGAGAAGCGAAAAUCCUUCAAGCCCACCGUAACGCCGUCGCCUAGCAACGCAGGGGAAACCGACCAGAAGAAGGUCCGAACCAAGCUGAUGAAGCUCCUCUUGAAGCGCCCCACGCUGCAGUCCGUCAAAGAUAAAGGGUACAUCCGAGAAACCGUGUUUGGUUGUCAUCUGGCCCACCUGUGUGCUCAGGAGAACACCACAGUUCCCAGUUUUGUGGAUAAAUGUAUUAAAGCAGUGGAAAAGAGAGGUUUAGACAUUGAUGGGCUCUACAGAGUCAGUGGGAACCUCGCUGUCAUACAGAAACUUCGCUUCAAGGCCGAUCAUGAGGAGCUGGACCUCGAGGACGGUCAGUGGGAGGACGUCCACGUCAUCACCGGAGCGCUCAAGCUGUUUUUCCGGGAGCUUCCUGACCCGCUUUUCCCUUUCAGCUACUUUAACGACUUUGUCACGGCCAUCAGACAUGCUGAUUACAAAACAAAACUGUCCCACAUCCGUGACCUGGUCAAGUCACUUCCUCCUGCGAACCACGACACUAUGAAGCUGCUUUUUGGACAUUUGCACAGGGUCAUUGAAUUCGGUGAGGACAAUCGUAUGACCGUACAGAACGUGGCGAUCGUAUUCGGCCCGACGCUGCUUCGACCAGAGACGGAGUUCGCCAACAUCACCAUGCACAUGGUCUUCCAGAACCAGAUUGUGGAGUUCAUACUGAAGGAAAAUGAUAAUAUCUUCCACUUCAGCUAAAUCAUAAAUGUGCGCUUGAGGCAUUAUUUUUUAAAAAAUACUUUCAGGCUUUGCAGUUUGCAUUCAGCUUUGGUGCCACAUCUAAAACUAAAACAUGUUUCCUAAAACUAAUAAAAGGUGACACCAGACAUGAUGAGGGGUGUUUUUAGUCAUCUUUUUCAGUAUUGCAGGAUUGAACUUUGAUGCACUCAGGUGAAGAGGGGCGUGUUGUGAAUUUCU